AUGCAAUUACGUUCUAUCUAUCUAUCUAUCUAUCUAUCUAUACAAUUACGUUCAUUUCAUUAUCUAUCUAUCUAUCUAUCUAUCUAUCUAUCUAUCUAUCUAUGCAAUUACGUUCAUUAUCUAUCUAUCUAUCUAUCUAUAUUCAUCCAAUUGCAAUCUAUCUGUUCAUUAUCAUCUAUUAUCUAUCUAUCUAUAUCUAUCUAUCUAUCUAUCUAUCUAUCUAUCUAUCUAUCUACGUUCAUUCAUUAUCUAUCUAUCUAUCUAUCAUCUAUAUCUAUCUAUCAAUUACGUACGGUAAAUAACACUAUCUAUAUCUAUCUAUCUAUCUAUCUAUGUUAUCUAUCUAUCUAUCUAUAUCUAUCUAUGAUCUCAAUUCAUAUCUAUCUUUCUAUCUAUCUAUCUAUCUAUGUCUAUUCAUAUCUAUCUAUCUAUCUAUGUCAAUUCAUAUCCAUCUAUCUAUGUACGUUAUAUAAUACUAUCUAUCUAUCUAUCUAUCUAUCUAUCAAACUCAUUCUGAUACCUACUUGGAUUACCUUUUUCACUUUCGAAUUUGAUAUCUAUCUAUCUAUCUAUCUAUCUAUCUAUCUAUCUAUCUACUUUCUAUCUAUCACAUUGUCUGAUUUUGUUACUUAUUUUUCUUACCUUCCGUAUAAUAUUUACUUUUUCUUUCUUUCUUUAUUAAAUUCUUUCUUUCGUUUUUCUUUCUUUCUUUCGUUUUUCUUUCUUUUUAUCUUUCUUUUUCUUUUUUAUAUAUAUUUUUCUUUCUUUCUUUCUUUUUUGUUUACUUUCUUUUUUCUUUCUUUCGUUUUUAUUUCUUUUUCUUUUUCUUUUUUAUAUAUCUUUUUUCAUUCUCUUUCUUUCUUUUCCUCUUUCUUUCUUUUUUCUAUCGUGACUUUUCUCUUUCAUUUUUCGAUCUUUUCUUUCGUUUUCGCUUUCUUUUUUCUUUCUCUUCCUCUUUUUUUCUUUUUAUCUAUCUUUCUUUUUUAUCUUUCUUUCUAUCUUCAUUAA